GUUAAGCCUCCAAAAUUCGUAAAACAGUUAGAAAACUGCACAAUAAAAGAAGGAAAACCUUUAAAACUAGAGUGUCAUUUAGCACAAAGUACAACUAGCCCACAUAUAACUUGGAUGCAUGAAAAUCGGGAGCUCAAAAAUAGCGAAAAUUGUGUAAUUCGCUACAUAAAUGGAGUCGCAUCUUUGAACAUAAACAAAACUCAAAGAUCAUCGGAAGGCCAAUACACGUGUAAUGUUGUUCUUUCAGCGGGUGAAGAAAUGUCAACUAAAUGCGUUGUUAAAAUUCCGAGAGAUUCCGUUACAAAAUCAAGUUCAAAAGAAGCAAUUAAACCGACUAUUAAACCUCAUAGCAAAAAACAGACAGUUACUAAAGCUGGCAAAUCAUUUGAGCUCAGCUGUGAUAUUUUAGGCUCGCCGCAACCAUCGGUUAAAUGGUUACAUAACGGAGUGCAAUUUUCAAGCUCAGCUGUUUCUAGUAACGGAGUCUCAAAAGUUUCAGUCGCCGCCGCAAAAGACAGCGACGCAGGGGCGUAUCAAUGCAUCGCUACAAACGACGCUGGCGAAGCUAUUACCGAGUUCUCAGUAGAAGUCGAAUGCGGAGCCGACAAGCCUGUCUUUGUUCGGAAGCUUGAAAACGCCGAAGUAAAAGAAGGAAAACCUUUAAAACUGAGUGCAAAAAUCAAUUCGUUCAGUAAGCCUAAAAUAACAUGGCUGCUCGAUGGAGUUGAAAUCAUUUCAGGCGAAAAUGGAUUUAAGCUCACAUCUACUGAACAAAUCUUCACAUUGAAUGUCGCAAAUGCAAAAUCCGAAUCACACGGGGGAAAUUAUGAAAUUCAAGCUGAAAAUAACGCUGGUGUUGUUAGCUGCAGCUCACAAGCUAAAAUACUUUCUAAACCCAUCGUAACGCAAUCGUUGGAAGAUAUAUUUGUUUCACCUGGGUCAAAUAUUGCCCUGGAAUGUCAUUUCAUUGCCCAAAGUGUGCCAAAAGCUGUUUGGUAUAAAAAUGGAACCCGACUUUUCCAAGUUCGAGGCGUGAAAUCAUUCUUGGAGGGAAGCGUCGCGAAGCUCGAAAUUAAUAAUUUUACACCGAGCAGCGCCGGAGUUUACCUGGUUAAACUAAGUAAUAACGAAGGCGAAGUUAGUUCAUCGUGCAAAGUCGAAAUUUACAAACAACCUGUUUUCAAAAAACAUUUGUGUGAAAAAAUUGACGCGGUUUUGGGGAAAAUUCUCAAGCUCGAAUGUUGCAUUGAAGGCGUAAGCGAGUCUAACAUAGUUUGGUAUCACAACGAAACGGUCAUUUCGCCGAAAGUUUACUGUUUCGAAAAAGGCAAUUUGGCUUCAAUCACUUUUGAAAACUGUUCAUCUGAACAUGAAGGCACUUAUACCUGUAUAGCCAGUCAUUCAGGCGGUUCAGCGCUUUCAACAUGUACAGUAAGCGUUUGCGCUUUACCCGAAAUUCAACCUCUGGUUUUCUGUGAAAACUUAGAAUUAGUCGCAAAUGAUUCUUUAAAACUAUCGGUUCAAGUGUCUGGAAAGCCAACUCCAACAUUACAAUGGUUUUUUAAGGAUAACUUGAUUCACGAAAAAACAAAUUUGAAGCUCACUGAACAUAACUCAGUUUAUGAGAUAUGUUUGGAGUCAGUAACGACUCAAAAUUCCGGCGAGUACUUGUGCGUUGCUAAAAAUUCAGCCGGAGUAAGUAAACUAGCUUGUCUGGUUUCUGUCGUUGCUAAAGGUCGAACAGCUCAAUUUUCGAAGAAUCUCGAAAGUAUUUCAGUCAAAGAAGGAUCUAAGCUUAAAUUGGAAACGAACUUCAACGCGUUUGGAUCUUUUACUUCAAAAUGGUUUUUGGACACACAUGAAGUUAAAGAAACCCAGACUAUAAAAAUAAACGAAAAACCGACAAGUUCGACUUUGAUUGUCGAAAACUCCGAACGAUGCUGGGCCGGAACUUACUUAUACGAAGUUGUGAACAGAUUCGGCCGAUCAGCAACGAGUUGUAACGUAACAGUUUUAUUCAAACCUGUUUUCACAAAGAAACUUGACUCUCAUUUUUACGUUAACAGAAGUAGCGCUUCAACUAUGGAAGUCGUUUUUGAAGGUCAGCCAGUUCCUGAAGUUUCGUGGAAGAGAGAUGAUCAAGUUUUAGAACCAACUGAACAAUUGAAAAUUCACUCCACAGAAACUAAAAGUAUUCUUCACGUUUCAGAACCACAAGGCGGGAAAUAUACAUGUUUAUUAACCAAUGAAAUUGGCAGUACUGAAAGUACUUGUCAAGUUGUAGUAAUGGACGUUCCGAAGUUCGAAAAACCGCUUCAGGAUAAAGAAGCAAAAGAAGGUGAAGAUGUUGUUCUAGAAUGUUCUAUAAUCGCUUUUCCACUACCAGAAGUUUCCUGGUUUUUCAACGAUAAGAAACUUGACCCUGAAUCAGAAACGUGUAUUCAAAUGAACUCGAGUAAUAUGUACACACUUUUGAUCAAGAAUGCGUCGAAAACGAAUCACGGAACCUUUAAAAUUGUAGCAUCAAACCAAGCUGGCACUAAUGCUCAAACGUGUUCUCUUAAAGUCUGCGAUAUUCCAGAAAUUACUUGUCUCAGAAAUAACUUUACAGACGAAGAAAUAGCUGUUGAAGAAAACGACGAAUUUGAAAUUGACUUUUCAGUUAAACUGAAAUCAGAACCGGUCAUAAAAUGGUUUUUCAAAGACCAGCCGAUUGUGAAUUCCAUUCGCGUGCAGACUAAAUUACGCGCCGGAAUUGCGAAGUUGUAUAUCACAAAAUGUUCCGCUGAAGAUUCUGGAGAAUACUCGAUUGUAGUUAAAAGCAAUUCUGACGGAACUCAAAGAAGUCAAAAGUUCUUUGUGCAAGUUUACACCAAGCCUACUUUCCAAACUCCUCUGAAGAAAACGAUGAAAGUAAUCACACAGCAAGAACUAGUUCUCGAAUGUAAAGUUUCUGGAUUUCCGGAACCGAUGUUGUUUUGGUACCACGAUAACGAAAUUUUAGAGGAUAAUGAUCGUUUGUCAAUUGAUUACGAAAACGGACUUGCGACUUUGAAAAUAGCGUCUUGCUAUCUUGACGACAGCGGUGUGUACAACUGUAAAGCUAUAAACACUGUAGCAACUACAAGUAGCUCGUGUGACGUUAAUAUAUAUUCCUUCCCGGAAUUCCAACAAGGGCUAAGUGAUAUUGUUAUUGAAAAAGGAAAAAAUAUCGAACUGGUUUGUAAAGUUUCAGCCCAUCCACCGCCUUCGGUUAAAUGGUACCAAAAAGGUCGUGAACUUAGGAACUCAAACGAUAUUCACGUUAGCCAAAGCGGAGACGAGUUUUCCCUCGUGAUCAAAAACUCAAAAUUUAGUCACGCGGCCGAAUAUACUUGUAAAGCUUCUAACAUAGUGGGCGAGGCGAGUUCGCAAUGUUACGUUGAAGUCGGAACGUUGCCUGUUUUCAAACAAGAACUAAAAAAGAUGACAGAUAUUAUUUCAGGGAAUAAACUUGUUCUCCAAAUUGAAUACACAAGUCGUCCAAUACCAGAGGUAAAAUGGUUCAGAGACGGUACUGAAUUAUCGCUUGAAGAUGAGAAAAACUGCUCGUUUUACCACGAUGAGAAAAGUAUAGCGAGUUUGACCUUUGACCCCGUAAAUAUCGAUCAUCAAGGAUUUUACGAAUGCGUUGUCGAAAAUGUUAUGUCAUCAGCAAAAUGCGAUUGCCGAGUUUUUGUCUAUUCAAUUCCCAAAUUUGUUGACGCUCUUGAAAAUGUGGAAAUAGUUGAAAACGAAGAUUUGGCUUUAAGAUGCAAAGUUAUAGGUCAUCCCGAGCCAAAAGUCGCGUGGAGUUUCAAUUCGAAAGAGCUGGAUGAUAUUCAAAAUGAAGAUUGUGAUUUGGAAUACGACCAGGGAAUCGCGAUUCUGAAAAUAGCCAAAGUAAAAAGGGUUUACUCUGGAACUUUUGCGUGCAAAGCUUUUAACAGCGCUGGCGAGUCGUCUUCAGAAUGUGCGGUUGAAAUUUUAGUCUUGCCAACAUUUCUGGAAUUUCCUUCGAAAAAAGACGUUGAAAUAGAUUGUGGUGAUAAUUUUGAAAUUGAGGCAAAGUUUGAAGGCGCGCCUUUGCCAGCUGUUUCGUGGUUCAAAAACGAAAACCGUCUGGAACAGAGCGGAAAUUGUUCAAUCAAUAUCGAUGAAAACACAGCUUUACUUAAAGUCGUAAAUUGCCAGGCGGAAGACUCUGCGAUCUACAAAUGCUGCUUGACCAACAAGCUUUCAACGGUUUCGAGACAACUUAAUAUCGUGAUACUGAGCGCGCCUGUUUUCAACUUGGAAAAUGACUUUUUGAAUCUAAAUACGGGAGAUGUUUACAUAUUUGAUCUGAAAGUUAUCGGAUCACCCAAACCAUCACUAACUUGUACUGUCAACAAGCAACCUAUCAGCAAAUUUCCUCAAUUAGCGCUGAAGGAAAAAGAUUUCAAGCUUGAAUUUAAAGAAGUCGAUCCAAAAUUGGCGGGAAAUUAUAACUUCAAGGUCGAAAACAAAGUGGGUAAAAAUGAAUUUGAUCUCAAGGUCAACGUUUUGUCAGCACCUUCCUUCUUGAAACCUCUCGAAUCGCAGCAGGUCAACAUCGGUGAUGACCUUUACCUCUUAGUGACCUUGAACAAGUGUUUCCCAGAACCCUCGUUGCUGUGGAAACACAACGACCGACCUUUAGUAGUUUCUGAAGAAUUUGGCAUUCUAAUGCGUUGCGACGGUGAUCAGUAUAUUUUGAUUCGUGAAAAUGUUUCUUUUGACUUUGUUGGCGAGUAUACAUGCGAAGUUUCGAACUCACAAGGAAAAACCGAAUGCCGAGCAAAAAUAACCGUCGAGGAACUUCUGAUAAAACCCAAAUUCGAGAAAAUUCUUCGGGACGCUUUGGUUGACGAAUCGAAACCUCUUGAAGUUGUAUGUCAUUUUGUCGCUAGCCCGAAGCCAACCAUAACCUGGCUCAAAGAUUCCGAACAAAUAUCCGAAUCAGAUGAUUCAUACAAAAUAACGCGAGCUCAAAAAACAGCAACUCUCAAAAUCGAUUCAGCUCAACUUAAAGACUCAGGUCUUUACAUGGUAAGAAUCUCAAACAAAAUUGGUGAAAUACAAACCAGUUUCAAAGUUUCAGUAAAAGAACUGAUAAUAAAACCGAAAAUUCUACAACAGCUCAAAGACAUUUCGACCAUUGAGUUUGAAACAAUCGUACUUCAAUGUACUUUUGAAGCAAAACCGGCGCCUGAAAUAACUUGGUACUUCAAUAAUGUCGCCCUUACGAAAAAAAUAAUCGGAAUGCUUAUAGAGACUUCAGCCAGUGAUUCCAAGUUAAUUCUGGAAAGCGUCGGAGUUAAAAGAGCUGGAAACUACAAAUGCCGUGUUAAAAACAAAGCUGGUAUGACUAGUAGUGCUUGUAAAGUAGACAUCGAAGUCAAACCGAUUCCUCCAGCUUUAAUCAUGGAUGACGUAAUGGACGUUUCCGAAUCGAGUGACAUAACAGUCAAGUGUCUUAUCGAAGGCAAUCCUUUCCCUGGAAUCAAAUGGAUCAAAAAUGACAAAGUCAUCACUGAUACUAAAUACUACGACAUGUAUGUGAACUCAGGAGGCGUUGCAUGUUUAGGGUUCCGGGAAGUCAGAGUGGAGGAUUAUGGUGUUUAUCAAUGUCUAGCAGUUAACGCUUACGGAGAAGCUAGAAAAAACAUCGAACUGAUUGUAAAUCGAAAACCAGUUAGACCAGAAGUCAGAAAACAGCUAGCGAAUAAAAUAGUUCGCGAAGGUCAGCCUUGCGUAAUGACGUGUGAAAUUUCAGGAUAUCCGAUUCCUGAAAUCCAAUGUUUUCACGAAGGAUACGAACUCGAUAGUGAUUCACACGUUCAGAUUACCUAUGAAGAAGAAGUGGUGACCUUGAGCAUUGAGAAAACUGAAUUAGAUCACGCUGGAGUGUACUCAAUUAAAGCGAAAAACGAAGUCGACCUUAUUUCGGUCAAGGCCAAAUUAACUGUUCAAGCAGCGCCAAAAACAAAACCAGUUUUUGAAAUCGCCAUGGAAAAUUGUGACGCUAUUGAAGGCGAAAUCGUCACGUUGUCCAACAAAAUAGUAGCUCAUCCAGCACCUAAUAUCUCUUGGCUUCAUGGCGGGCGCAGAAUUAUCAGCACGAAAAAUCAGGAACUGAAAUUUAGUGGCGGUUUUGCAACAUUAUGUAUCAAAAAAGUGAUGAAAACUCAAAGCGGCGAGUAUACGUGUAUAGCUAGUAACUCGGAAGGCGAAACGAGAGUUUCCUGUAACUUAACUACUAAAGCUUCACAGGACGCUGAAAACCGAAUGCUGAGUUUCAACUCGUUGACGAAUGUCGAAACGUCAGCACCUCAAAUCUUACGUGAUCUGCGAGACAUUGUCUGUCAAGAAGGGCAAAAUAUAACUUUAGAAUGCAAAUUUAUGGCAGCCCGUGUGAACAUCACUUGGAAAUUGAACGGAAACCCAAUUAAACCAAAUGAGGAUUUUGUCAUAACUAAAAACGAAGACAUAACUUCGUUACAAAUCCGAAACACGAAAAUGAUCAACGAAGGUCAAUUUUCGGUCACACUCGAGAACCCAAUGGGUUUGGUCGAAAGUACCUGUCAGGUUUCGGUUGGCCAACUGCCUGAGAAAAAUUUAAAAGACAUCCCGCCCCAUUUUAUAAAACCACUUCAAGAUAUGGACGUUGAGGACGGUCAACGGGUAGUUUUGGAGUGCAAGGUCGGAGGUCCGGAACCCAUUGAGGUUCACUGGCUGUUCGCCGGGGAAGAAAUCCAGAGUCACGGAGACUUCAAGAUAUCCUACCAGUUUGGAAUAGCAAGGCUUGAAAUUUUGGAAGUUUUUCCCGAGGAUUGCGGAGAUUAUUUGUGUUUGGCUCGGAAUGAUUUUGGUCAUGUAAAGACGGAAUGUUUUGUAAACGUUUUGGAAGCAGAGGAAAUUGCGAGGUCCAGUGAGGAUUCCCCGGGCGGGAGUCGAACCCCAGAAAAACCGAUUCUCAUCAAAGAACUUCCCGAAGAACUUAUGGUGAUUGACGGUGACCCUUGCAUCUUAGAGGUCAAGGUCAAAUGCGUCCCAGAUCCUGAGGUAAUCUGGAUGUAUAACGGAGAGGCGAUCGAAAUGACGGAGUAUUUGAGUAGCAACUUCCAAAACGGAAUUGCCCAACUGAAAUUCGAAGAUAUUUACCCAACUGAUGCUGGAUUGUACGAAUGUAGAAUCCAAAACAAAGUCGGGUUUGUUACUAGUAGUUGCAUGUUAUCAGUUGACGAAGAAAUGAAAACGGAAGAAAUUUUGAUCCAACUUCAGCAAAGUUUGUCGAACGAAAACUUCCGCGGCAUCAAAUCGCCAAGUCGUCACAGUAGCGGGAGCAUUCGUGAAUCGCCGAGUUCAAAUACGAUGUCUUCUUUGAACGUGCACCAAUGGACCAUUGACAAAAGUCUCAAAAUGAGAAAACAAUCCGGAAAAGUUGCGGUCCUAACGAGUGAUUUGCAAGAUCGUGAUUUUGUUCCAGCCAUUAGCAACGUGCGUUCCGAUAAGCCUCCAUUUUUAGUGAAGAAGUUGCGAGACUUAAACGUUGAACACGCAGAAUCAUUCAAAAUGGAAUGCAAAUUAUCGCAUCGAAGCGACGCUGAAGUUGCCUGGUUCUUAAACGGACUUCAAGUCAAAUCAAACGAUAAUAUUUUGAUCACAUUUGAAGACAAAAUUGCUCUUUUCGAAGUACUUAAGGCGACGCCUGAACUAUCUGGAGAGAUAAUGUGUAAAGCUAUCAACCAAGCCGGAGAUGUGUCUUCCAGGUGCCAAAUUAAAGUGUUUCCCAAAAUGAGAGUUGCACCCCAAUUUGCAAGCGAACUGUGUGACGUAACAUGUGAAGAACAAGACAAUUUGACCUUGACGUGCGACCUUGAUUGCGAUUCAGAAACAGAGGUCGAAUGGUACUUCAAUGACCGCGCAUUGCCCAAAUUUUCAAAAGACAUCAAAAUGAUUUUCGACAACCCGGUCGCUAAACUGGAGAUAAACUCCGCAAUGGUUUUGGACUCCGGGCGUUACACAUGCGAAGCUUUCAACUCGGUCGGUGAAAGUUAUUCGUGGUGUGACGUUUGCGUGCAAGAAGUCGUAAGUGGUUUAUCGCCGAUUUUUGUUGACAAACUUGUGAACAAAACCGUAAUGGAAGGCGAACCGUGUGAACUUCUUUGCACUUUGCAAGAAUACAGAGGUGUAGAGGUCAAAUGGUUGCUCAAUGGUAAACCAUUAGUGGUGGGAAAAGAUAUGGAUAUCGUUCAGAAUGGAAAUUUACUCAAGGUCGUUUUCACUAAAACGAGAGUAGCAAACGGGGGAAAGUAUACAUGCAAAGCAAUUGGACGAAGCUCGUCAACUUGGACUGGUUGUGAAGUAACAGUAGGGGGCGUGCCCAAAUUCGUGAACAAACUUGAAAACACUAAAGUUCAAAUCAGUGAUGACCUUUACCUUCAGUGUGAGCUAAGCGGUCAUCCGGUUCCAAGCGUCGCUUGGUUCCAUAACAAGAAACCAGUCAAGGUCAUGAGAAACUACAACACUGGUUAUCAAGGUCAAAAAGCUUGGUUAAAAAUUGAGAAAUCCGAUUUGAAACAUGCCGGUGAGUAUUUGUGUAAAAUCAGUAACUCUUUCGGCGAGGCUAUAAGUGUCUGUGAAGUUGGCGUCGGCGCUUCGCCCGGGUUCUUAGAAGAACUUGAAGACAUCUUAGUCGUGACUGAUAAAUCUUUUCAACUAGUUUGCGAAAUCAGCGGGGUUCCUUCGCCUUAUAUCGAAUGGUACCAUCCGGACGAACAUACACGGCUUAAACUUAGCCGAAACGUGCGAACUAAAUUUAUCGACGGAACGGCAACUCUGCUAAUUGACCGUGCGACUGAAGAAAUGGCCGGAAUUUACCACUGCAAAGCGCUAAACAGUUUCGGAAAAGCUGUCAGUACCUGCAAAGUAACCAUCGGCUCUCUGCCCGAAGUUCUGACAAAUAUCGAAGACCAAAAUGUCACCGUUGGAGAAACAGUCAAAUUUGAGUGCAUGUUUUCAUCAGAAACGAACCCGAUUGUAGUCUGGCUUCUAAAUGGGUGCAAUGUUUCGGGUAUCGAAGGUGUCGAACAAGAAAUAGGUUCAGAUUGGGCUAGUUUAACAUUCGCUUCAUGCUUAGCGAGUCAAGCUGGUGAAUAUGUUUGUAAAAUUGUGAACGAUUUCGGAGAAGUUUUGAGUAAAGCGACCUUAAGUGUCGGAAGUCCACCUGUUUUCACAAAGAAACCACGUGAAAUGGUUAAGCUAUCAGAAGGAAAAGCGUUGAAACUUACAGCUGAAAUUGAUGGGUCCCCUAGACCUAAGUUUGAGUGGAUAUUUAAUGACUCACCAAUUGAAAAAGUUUGCCCAGAUGUCAAAAUAACAUCACGUGAUAAUAUUUUGUUCUUGGACAUCGACAACAUGACAUCCAAAUAUGCCGGGAAGUAUUUAUGCAAUCUGACAAACGACUUCGGGUCGGAUCAGUCGAUGACAAAGGUCAUCAUAGGUUGCAGUCCUGAAAUAUCGAACGAUUUCCCGAGCGAAUUACGAGUUAAUAUUGGCGAGCCGUUAGUCAUACUUUGUGAAUACACUGCGUUUCCGGAGCCUGAAGUUUUCUGGUUUAAGGACAAACGACAGCUAAGCGAGAAAGCGGGAGAAAUUAUUUUCUCCGAACCCAAAAACAACGCCUUCCAAUUGAAAUAUCUGAACGCCAAAGCGGGUUUGUAUUCGGUUAAACUGAAGAAUAACUAUGGCGAAAUUACAGCUGAUUGCAAAGUAGAAGUCGGCGGAAAACCAGUUUUGGUUAAACCUCUCAAAAACGAGCGACUCACCGAAGGAAUGAAUAGCAAAAUCCAAUGCGAGUUUUCAUCCAUGCCUGAAGCACAAAUAACUUGGUUGAUAAACGGAGUAGUUAUAACUAAAUACUCACGGGACCAUAAACUGACCUCGAAAGAAGGGAAAGUAUGUCUCGAAAUCCACAAAGCCAAUUCGACUUACUUUGGCGAACAUAAAGUGAAAGCUUCAAAUAUGUUCGGAGAAACGGUAACAAGUUGUGAAGUUGAGAAUGCUCUUUUUGCAAAGAAACCUUCAAUUAGGACCCUGGAUAAACCCGAAAGGUCAAAUUCAUUGGCACCUGAUGACUUUUCAGCUGGCUAUAAAAGUCAUACAAUUGCGAGAACAAGUGCUAAAUCGACGCCUCCCGAAAUAGAAUACACUAAAAAGGAAGUUACGAGGAGUCUUUCGGAUUCGAAAUCAAAACAGGAAAAGCAGCAAGCCGAGAAAAAUGAGGCUGAGCAAAUAUCGACUUCUGAGCCCAAAAAAGCUGAAAUUAGUGAUGAAAAAUCCUGCAAAAAAGAAGAGAAAGCAGAUAAGAAAACUGAAAAGAAGUUGCAAAAAGUUGAGAACACAGAUGAAAAAAGUUCAAAAAUUUCAAUGGAAGCCGAAAAAGCUGAACUUGCGAAAGCAAAAACUUCAGAAAAAGUUGAAACAUCAUUUAAAAAACAAAAGGAAGAAUCGAAAGAAACAUUGGCUAAGACAUCAAAAACAGAAAUAGCUGAAAAAUCAGAAGAAUCGUUAGAAACUCCAAGAACCCCAAAAGAGAAACGAAAAACAAUCGAACGCAAAACUUCUAUGAGAGAACUGAAACCAACUUUCUCGCAAGACCUUCCUAGCUCGACUAGCUUGAAAACGGGCGAAAAACUCGAACUUUUGUGUCAAAGUUCAAAUGACUUGACCGCUCAAACAGAAGUUAGUUGGUUUCACAAUGGAACAGUUUUACGUCCUUUUUUGGGAGUGGAAACUUCCGUUUCCGGCAAAGAGUGCAAACUUACGAUUGUUAACUUGAAGUUACGUCACAGUGGAAAGUACGAAUGCAAACUUGUGAACAAAAAUGGUCAGAGUAUUACGUCAAGCGAUGUUAAGGUCAGUGCGACAUCCAACCCUGCGCUGCAAUUUGCAAAACGAAAUUCAACGAUUGAUAUUUCGAAGCAGGAAUCGAUGAUCCAAUUGCCUUCUGACACUUCAGAUUCGGGCCAAAUUAGUAAAAAGCCAGCUUUCACUCGCAAACUAACUGACGCCAGACUAUUUGGAGGUGAUAACUUGAAGUUAGAGUGCGCUGUUACAGGUUAUCCGGAACCAACCGUGAAAUGGUUCCGGGAUUCGCAGCGUUUACCCGAGUUUAGCUCAAUCGAAAAUGACAAAAUUGCAAUUGAAGUACCAAAUGUAACUACCCAACAUGCUGGGAUUUACAUGUGUAAAGUCACAAAUUCAGCGGGUAGCGUUUCUUGCACUUGUCGUGUUACAAUAACAGGGACUUUGAGAAGGCGAAAUUCUCUAAUGGCUAAAUCUAAAGCCACGCUUUUAGAAACACCUGUUGAAAAUAAAGAACUAAAAAUUAAAACUUCGGAAGAAAAUGUAGUCAAACUUCGGGGUUCAAAAGAUGCUCUGACAAUUUCAGAGGUUAAAAAGAAGACACUAAGUUGCAUGGAAUUGGAAACUGUUCAUAAAGACGAUCAGAAAACUUCAUUGUCAAAAUUGGACACUCCCAAAAAAAUCGAAGAGUUACCAGAAAUUAAAGAAAGUCCAAAGAAAGAUGAAAAGGAGCCACAAGGUUCUGAAAAAUUACAACACGAUAAACUUGAAAACAAAAAAUCUGAAAAAGACGAGACGAAAAAACUUGCUGAUAAACCAAAAACUUCAGAAAAUGAAGAAAAGUCUGCGAAAGAUCCAAAAAUUUUGGAACCUCAAGUAAAAGAAAAACACGAAAAAACCCCAGAACUGAAGAAAAAGUCGAGUUUUAAGAAAGAAUCGAUUUUUCAAAAUGAUGAAAAAGAUUCAAAAAUUUUGGAAUCUCAAGUAAAAGAAAAACACGAAAAAACCCCAGAAUUGAAGAAAAGGUUGAGUUUUAAGAAAGAAUCAGAGGUUCACAAGGAUAAAAAUGUUGAUACAAUUUCGACAACCAAGAAAAAGACAGAUGAAAAUGAGACUACGAAGUCUAAGAAAAACGAGAAGGUUUUGGAUCUUGAACCAGAACCCUCUAAAACCACAACUAAAAUCGAAACGGAAAGUGGAAAAACCGUGACGAAAAACACUUCGGUUGUAAUUGAAAGUCCAAGUGGCGAGAAAAUUACGAAAACAGAAAAAAAAAUCGAGUCUGAAUAUCAAAAGUUGAACGAGCAGGAAAUUGAGAAAACCAAAGAUUUUGUCAGAAAAUUUACGGAAAAAAGCAAAACCGAAGAAUCGAGCGCAGUUAAGAGUAAAUUAACGAAGCAAAUUUCAGUUGAGGCAAAAUCCACAGAAAAAGUUUCUGAUUCACCAAAGGCUGUGAAAAAGAAAAAAGAACCGACGUUGGAAAAAGAAGGCGAAUAUUCGAAAGACGUGAAAUCUAAAAAGCCAAAAACUGAAGAUUCCAAAGAAGGAAAAAUGGAUGCCUCAUCAGAUUUGAAGGAACCGAAAUUGAAACAGAAGGAUAAAAAGACGGAAGAUGUUGAAAAAUCAAAAACCGACGAAUCGAAAGUUAACGUUGAAGUUAAAGAAAAAACGUCUGGAGAAAAAGAAGUAACAAAAAAGUCAGAAGCGAAACAAGAAAAGAUCAAAACGACUGAAGAAACGAAUGAUGGCGAAAAGGGUGAAACAACAGCCGAGGGAGCAAAAUUGAAAUUAAAAAAAUCGAAAUCUAAAGAAAGUAGCGACUCAAAAGACAAAGAUGUAAAAAACGCAGAUGUGAAAGAAACAAAAGAAGCUAAAGAAGCAAAAGAUUUGAAAGAAACGAAAGAUUCGAAAGCAAAAGAGUUGAAAGAAGCAAAAGAUUCGAAAGAAGCAAAAGAUUUGAAAGAAACGAAAGAUUCGAAAGCAAAAGAGUUGAAAGAAGCAAAAAAUUCAAAGGAAGCAAAAGAUUUGAAAGAAACAAAAGAUUCUAAAGAAGCAAAAGAUUUGAAAGAAACAAAAGAUUCGAAAGAAACAAAAGAUUUGAAAGAAGCAAAAGAUUUGAGAGAUGCAAAAGAUUUGAAAAAAGCAAAAGAUUCGAAAGAACCAAAAGAUUUGAAAGAAACAAAAGAUUCGAAAGAAGGAAAAAUAACAAAAAAGCAAAGAACGAACGAAACCGACGAAUCACAAAAAUCAAAAGUUUCGAUCAGUGAGGAAAAAAAUGAGGAAGAUACGAAAGAAUCUAAGUCCAAAACCAAAUUGAAAUCCAAAGUGGCAGUUAGUGUCUUACAAGAUGAAUCAAAAACAAGCGAGGAUUCGGAACUUAAAUCUUUGAAACUCAAAUCAAAAACUGCAGCUGAAAAAUCAACAAGUAAAUCAACAGUUAAUGUCAGUAAAGAAGAACCUGAAAAAGAUUCGGGUAAAAAAUCGAUAGCAAAAUCAACGAGUGAACUGAAAUCAAAAACUGACGAGCUCUCGCAAACUAAGGAAAUAGAGCAACCGAUACUGAAAAUAAAUCACGCCGAUAUCAAUCGUAUUUCGUUUUCGGAAGAAAAAACUUCUGAUCUGAAUGUUACAAGACCUAAAAAAAUCACAUGCAAUUCCCAAAAGUGCAAACCUCAGUGUCUUGAAAAAUCAAAGCAAUUAGCGUUGCCGAGCUUUCUUACGGCUCCAAAAGUUGAAUCGAAAAAAUCACCUAUUGGCUCUGUGAAACGAGAUCCUUCUCAAGACGAAAGUGAUCAAUCUUCAACUCCUACACAACAGUUGUCGAGAUCGUCUAGCCGAAAAGACGUGUUAAAAAAUGAGUCGAAAUUUUUCACGGCCAGUUUCGAUCUUGACGAAGAUACUGGGACUCUGGAAAAAAGACCCGCAACUGUUUCAGAAGCGGUGAAAGAUGAAAAUUCGACCCCUGCGAAAUCCAAGAUCUCGGACUCUGCCACAUCUCGAAGUGACUCAGACGACAAGCAGCUCCUAGGAGCGACUGAAGAUGUGGCGUCCCUGGUGUCAGUAGUGCCUCAGAUGCCCCUCUUCACCCUGCCUCUGGUUGACUGUAGUGUCCAGCUGUCCAAGGAUAUUUCACUCAUCUGCAGAGUCAAAGGUGUACCGAAGCCUGACAUUAUCUGGUGCAAAGAUGGGAGAGUGCUUCGCAAUGGGUACAAACACAAGAUGCUGGAGGAUGCUGGCCUGAAUAUACUGGAGAUCAGGGGCAUCAAGUUGGACGACCAGGCUACCUAUACGUGCAAAGCGAGGAACUCACAGGGCCAGACAGUGUCCGAGUGCUUCCUCAAAAUCGUCGUGGUCAAUCGCAACUGCCUCCCCCUCAGUCCCCCCAUGUUUCUGCGACCAGUGCUAGACAUUGUGGUACCAAGUGAGGGACACACUGCCAGAUUCGAGUGCCAAGUGCACCCUGGCUCAAACUCAUCCGAACACACCACAUCCUCCUCAAGCACACUCCACAUGUCAAAUGUCAACUUGACCAGCAGUAGCACUAGUGGAAAUAGUAGUAGCAAUACAGCCAGUGAGCCUGGACUGGAGAUAUGCUGGUUCAAAGACGAGGACUUUAUUCACGUCGAGCCCAGCAGCAGAUACAGAGUGGACUGCUCACGCAAAGGUUUCUACGCCCUCCUCAUAGACGACAUAGGUGAAGAUGACAUCGGAACUUACUACUGCAUAGCUACUAAUACAAAUGGACAGAGAAUAUUCUCAGCUGCCAAUCUAGCCAUAGACACGCCCUCCAAUUAUGCAGGGACGACAGGAGGGGGUAAAGGAGGUCACUCGAGGGGAGUGGACGAGGGGGAUGAUGACAUGAGGAGUGUGGCGGACUCAUUCGCCACCUGUGAUGACGCCAAGAGCAUCCUCUCUACCUCAACAGACAUGCACAGCUGCAUAACUGGUGCCACCGGGACGCACAGUGUGACUGGCGGGGGAGGGGGAGAGAGGGGUCACAAUGGAAGACGGAGAGACAGCACCAACAGCAUGCAAAGUGCAUUCAGCGACACCACAAGCAUUAUGUCUGAGGGUGACUUCUCAAAUCUACCUGGCGGGGGAUCAGAGGGAGCAGCCGGGGGUAUGUUGGGAUACGCAGGGGGUAUGCCCACUUACCAGAUGUGUGAGUUUGUGUCUAAACCACAAGGAGGUGUGUUCAAUGAGGGGACUACUGUUGAGAUGGUCGCCAAUGUCUCAGGCUACCCUCUGCCAGUGAUUGAAUGGUUCCGCAAUGGGAAACUGCUCAAAUCAGCCGGCAGAAUAUUCAUCUCAGAAGACCCCUUCUCUGGCAGAGGCACUCUGACUAUUAGGGGCUGUGAUCUCACAGACGCAGGGGAGUACACGGUUGCUGCCAACAACACAGUCAAUGCUAUUUAUGCUGUCGUCAAUGUAUCUAUUCAAGAAUGCGAAGAAGAGGAAGACGAAGAAGAGUUUGACGAAGAAGACGAAAACGACGACGAUGAAGAUGAGGAGGGAACUGACACCGAAGAAGGAGAGCCAGACGUCGAAGACACCUCGAAUGAACCGAGCGGAGACACUCCCGAGGAACCACCCGACAAGUCACCUUCGCCUCCAGAACUCCCGCUACCUUCCGACAAAUUAGCUACAAGUGAUCCAGAUAAAACCUUAACUCCGGGUAUGGGCGAACGACGGGCUCUGGGUAUUAUGUCUUCCGAGAUUCCGAGUCCAGCUGAAAAACUUAAGUUUUUCGGGUCGAAUUACCUUCCUGACGACGAUGAUUCGGAUGAUGACUCACUAAUCUCUUCGACGGAAACUCCUGGACUACCAACGAUUGAGCUCCCAGAAACUUCUCCAGGUUUCUUUGACACUCUAGGCGAGGACUCUUCACUAGUAAAUGAAAUUUUUGAAACCCUUAAAAUGAAGAAGCAAGUGUCAUCAGCGUCUAUAGAUUCAAGUAACCCAAGCUCCACUACAAAAACUCCUCUUGAUAUCGAUUCUGCUUCUUCUCCAAGUGUUACAGCUACGUCACCGAACGUCACCGCUACGCAACAUCAGCCAUUAAGGAACACAGACUCGUAUGGAGCUAACACCGACGACGUUUUUGCCGAGAAGAAACUAAGCGCGACAACAAGCAAGACUUCUGUUUCGAAACUCAGUCCCGACGCGUCGCCUCCGACACUCGGUCGCCCAGUUUCACCCCGGAUGCGUUCGGCAUAUCCGGAACUCCCGCGAGUACCUCCCGAGAUCACCAAACCUCUUGCCGACGUUACAGUAUCUUCCGGAUGCCUGGUUACCUUGGAAUGCUCUUUUGCACUACCGAUUCCAGAUUCGAUUGAGUGGUUCAGGAACAACGAGCAAGUUCAGUCCAAUCAUUCCAUUGCGUUCAAGAAUGAUUCCGAGUCUGGCAGUGUGUCGUUGAGUAUUCUUUCUGUUAUCCCACUGGACGAGGGAAUUUAUGAAGUGGUCGGAAAAAAUGUUCUGGGUUCUAUUCAUUCUUCAGCAUUUUUGAAAGUUGACGCCAAUCAGCUUCGGCGUAUCUCGGAGAGUGACGAGGACACGAUGUGUGAGAGUGUGAAGACAGACGACGGGUCGAACACAGUGGUGGACUCCUCUUGUUCGGCCAGUCGGAGGGUGUCCAUGACUAGUACCUAUGGCACUGUGGUCAGCAGCAGUGUGGAGGAGUCAACGUCUAGUUGUGCAUUGGGGGGACUUAUUGAUAAAGUGAACCAAGGUCAUCAGGGCGUAAAGGACCUCCACCCAAAAUCAACCGGCACUGGUACUACUUCUGGCACUUCUGGAGUGUCAGCCGGACUGGGUAGACACAAAGUUUGGGAGGUGGUGAUGGGCUUCACUGACACAGACAAUGCACUCAAGUUGAACCCCGGUGAGAGGGUGAUCGUGAUCGAUGACUCAUCGGAGAAGUGGGUGGUGAGACAUGCAAACACACUUGCUCUGGGUUGUGUACCUGCCUACAUCCUGAAAAGUGUGGAAGACCUCAACAAAAACAACACCUCCCCCUCGAAUGUUCAAGACUCAUCCUACUUCCAACUCUCCCCCAAGAGCCAACAACAAAGGGGGGACUCGGCUGAAAACUCUUCAGUGUCUGUACCCGAUGUGCAGAUGUCGGAGAUUGGGGAGGGGGGAGGAGCAAGUGGAGGAGGGGGCUCAUCUGGUAGGGAUGAGAAAGAGUAUCCGAACCAUAUAAGGAAGAGAAAGGCGAAUCAAAAUGACUCAGCGAGCAGCGAGACGGAUGACAGAACUUCAGGAGAGUUCUUCGAGCUGUACCGGUCGAUUGCCAACUACCAACCGGCAUCUUCAUCUGGCCAGGCAGGGGGAGGGACUACAGGUAGCAGCAGUGGAGCCCCCUCCCCCGAUGACAGUAUCUGGCUGAGCGAGGGUCAGUUUGUGGAAGUGCUGGACAAUUCUAAUGCUAAUAAGUGGAUGGUGAGGACUAAGGCGUCCAAAAACAGUCCUGUCAGAAUUGGCUGGGUUCCUUCGAGUUUUCUGGAAAAAGUGCUGGACACUAUUGAGCUGAAGAGGCCUGGUUCCUGGAACUUUGACUCAGAAAGUUCAGAAGCUGCUCACAACACUCUCAAAAAACAGGUGUCUCAGAUUGGAGUAGGUGGUGUGCAUGGAAGCAGUGGGAGCCAGUUGGCCAGAGGCAGAGUGGCCACCAGUGCACACAAUCUACUCAUCACAUCCACCGCAUCAUCAUCAUCACCGUCAGCCAGUAUGCAGAACAACGACGAGACAGCCGAGAACAAACUGAGGAUGGCCAUGCACGAACUGUUCACGACUGAGGAGGCGUAUGUGAGUGAUCUGAAGACGAUAGUGGACAAAUUUAUGCCUGCCAUCAAGUCCCCCUCCGCCCCCUCUGUGUUGAGAGACAAGGGGGCACAGCAGAGACUGUUCCUUAAUGUGGAUAAGAUAUACGAGUUCAACAGCACAAUGUUCCUACCAGAUUUAAGGAAGUACAAAAACAUGCAACCCGAGGAGGUCGGCAACUGUUUCCUCAACUGGCAAGACUCGUUUGAGAUGUAUGUGGAAUACUGCCAGCAUAAAGAGAGUGCACACAAGUUCCUAUCCACCACUGUCGUCAAAAACUACUUCGACGACAACUUACGUCGCCUAGGAGUGAAACUAGACCUUGGAACUUAUCUAAUCAAACCAGUGCAGAGAAUAACCAAGUACCACUUAGUUCUGAAGGAGAUUCUGAAGUAUGCCUCUAAGCUGAAGAGAGACACUGGAGCUAUAGAGAGGGCUCUGGCUGUGAUGAUUGAACUGCCGGCUAAGGCGAACAAUCUCAUGCAGAUUGACAGCAUUGUUGAGUGUCCUUUUGGACUUGACAAAGUGGGUGCCCUGAUCAUGAUCGAUGACGUCACAGUGUGGGAGUCGAAACCCCGCACCCAGGGCAAAGAGCGGACCCUCUUCCUAUUCCGACACAUGAUACUGUUCACUAAGAAGAAGAUGGACGGCAAGAGUCACCAUCAUGGGGGAGGAGGGGGAGGGGGAGGGGGAAGUGGAGGGGGUAGUAGUGGGGGCAGUCCGGCUGCGUCGCCGGUGUACUGCUACAAGAAACACAUGCAGGUAGCGGGAGUGGGUAUUAACUUCAAGGACAAAGAUGACAAGCGGAGAUUUGAGUUGUACAUGGGAAGACGCGAAGUCACUACAAACUUCUCUAUCAUACAGGCUAAAUCUUUCUACAAGAAGGAAGCAUGGGUCAAAGAGAUUUUGACUCUACAAGCCAAAGACAACGAAGAAAUCCAAGACAUGCGUUCCAAGGCCAAAAGGAGGACGAGGAUGAGUGAACCAUUGCCUAGUCACGUGGCAUCAGGAUUCGACAGUCUCUACCGCAAACUGGGAGAAUCUGCCAAGGAAACGGACAAAACGGUGGACGAUACAGUAACUGGUUCCAUUUUUGGCAUUGUAUACCCAUGUGGUCCAGGGUUCCAGGCAGGCGACAAUGUCCAAAUCAUAGAUGUCCCCUCCUCCGAACCCCCCAGUUUGCAAGGCUUAUUUUCACCAUCUACGGCCAGAAAAAGAACAGGAGACCAAGAUAAUUCUAGAAGAAGUGAACCUCCAAUUCCCACCUCUCCUACGUCUCCAACCUCCCCUGUCAGUGCUUCUGGAUCAACCAAGAGUAUCCCAGGUGCAGUGGGAGGGGCAGAUUUGUUAGUGUGGGUGAAGGCAGUGUCAGGGGGGAAGGUGGGGGAGUGUGCCCAGAUUAAGAGGGACUGUCUGACCAAACGACAGCAGAUAGUCGACGAUAGUACCACUGCGCAGUUUCUGAAGGUGAUCAAGGACCAGGAGGUGAAUGAGGGUGGACUGCUGGAGUUAGAUGUAGUGGUGGUGGACAGGACAGUCACUUCAGUCUCCUGGCUCAAGGGCGAGGAUCUACUCUCGAGAACCUCUUCCGUGGGUGAUCUGUGUUGGCGUAAUGAGCGAGACCCCAGACUGGCUUUUGAGAGUAACUUCCAGACAGGGGAGCACCGGAUGAGUAUCAGCGAGUGUGUGUUGAGUGACAGUGGACAGUACAAGUGCAAGGCACAGUCCCCCCACUGCGCCACAUCAUGCUCCGCGCAAGUCAAUGUAUUAAAAUCCAUCAAGCCCUCUGCGGGGAGCGAGACUACCCUGUCUCAGAUUUUCUCCCACACUCUGAAGAGACACAAGAAGAGCAGGACAGCAGACAUCCAGCUGGUCAGACCCAAGAUAUCCAGGGCAGCCAGCACAAACCUGUCUGAUAUCAGCGGGGCAGGGAAG